ACGCCGAGGGCGUGGGAGCGGGUAGAAGUUGGCGCCGCGGGCUGGACAGGAGGGGGCGCUGUUGUAGAUGGAGUCGACAUCGCGGAGCCUGGAUGGAUUACUGAGAAGGCUGCCUGCGUGGAAGACCCAGCAGCUACAGAAGGGAUGGGUCGUGCGGGGCAUCUUGGAUGGGAUGACCCGAGAACUGAAUACCGUGGGGCUGAUUAGGCGGCAACAACGGAGGCGAAGAGCCCGAACAGCCUACAAGGGGACAGAGCGAUCUGUGAACCUCGCUCCAUCUCCUGCUACCUGAGAGACCCAGGGUCGAGUUCCUGUAUUUGUUUCCUCAUCUAAGUAGAGAGGAGAGUCAAACGGGGCCUGAAAGGUUGCUGUUCUGGUUGCAUGAGAGGUCACGUGUGUGCCGUCAUGCCUGGUGAAGAUUGACAAUACAUUCUCUCUCCCUCCCUCCUCCCUCCGCCCGCCCCGUGACAUUAUAUAGGAUUUGCCGAGAGCUGGGCUGUUACCGUGGGACUGAGGUUGCGGGGACAGUGCGAUGGUGACACUAAAGGCAGGGAUGUGGCAUAACCUAGAGUAGCGAUAGAGCUUGGGGAGCCAUAGAUAAGGAUGAUGCAAAGCCCUGAAUAGUAAAGGCCGACGUAGAAUGUGACCUCAGUGGAGGUGGGCGGGGAGAAGGAGGAAGGCGGGUGGCAAGUGCGGAGGCAACGCCUUUGGAGCCAGGAACUGCCUGGUUUUAGUAUUCUCGGAGGAGGAGCUGGUCUGCAGCAGGCGGAGCCACGAGCUCGGCUGAGCUUAGUCUGUGCGCUUCUGCUGGUGGCUCUCUUUCUUUAGCCGUCCACAUUGUGGCUGCCAGUCCCAACCAUGGGCUGCCGGGCUCUCCUGCUCCUGUCUUUCAUAUCACUCGGGGCCGCCACAACCAUCCGGCCUAGGCUAAAGACCCUCGGCAGCCCGCACUUGCCAACCAGUCCCACACCCGACCCUGGUGUAGCCAGUAACUACUCAGUUCUUUACUUCCAACAGAAGGUUGAUCACUUUGGGUUUUCUGACAGAAGAACUUUUAAACAGCGGUACCUAGUUGCUGACAAAUACUGGUAUAAAGAUGGUGGAUCAAUACUUUUCUACACUGGUAACGAAGGGGACAUUGUCUGGUUUUGCAAUAAUACGGGGUUCAUGUGGGAAGUGGCUGAGGAGCUGAAAGCUAUGCUGGUGUUUGCUGAGCAUCGAUACUACGGGGAGUCCCUUCCCUUUGGUCAGGACUCCUUCAAGGAUUCCCAACACUUGAAUUUCCUGACAUCAGAACAGGCUCUGGCUGAUUUUGCAGAGUUAAUCAGACACUUGAAAAAAACAAUCCCAGGAGCUAAAGAUCAACCUGUCAUCGCCAUUGGGGGCUCUUAUGGCGGCAUGCUUGCAGCCUGGUUCAGGAUGAAAUAUCCUCACGUAGUAGUCGGAGCUCUUGCAGCUUCUGCCCCUAUCUGGCAACUUGAUGGUAUGGCUCCCUGUGGUGAGUUUAUGAAGAUUGUAACUAAAGAUUUCAGGAAAAGUGGUCCACAUUGUUCAGAAAGUAUCCACAAAUCCUGGAAAGUCAUUAACCAACUCUCAAGUACAAGCAGUGGUCUCCAGUGGCUCACAAACACUCUUCACCUGUGUAGCCCCUUGACUUCCGAGAAAAUCCCAACUUUAAAAGGAUGGAUAGCUGAGACCUGGGUGAACCUGGCCAUGGUGAACUACCCUUAUGCAUGCAACUUUUUACAGCCUUUGCCUGCUUGGCCCAUCAAGGAGGUGUGCCAAUAUUUGAAAAAUCCUAAUGUAUCUGACGCAGUGCUGCUGCAGAAUAUUUUCCGAGCUCUGAAUGUAUAUUAUAAUUAUUCAGGGCAAGCAGAAUGCCUGAAUAUUUCACAAACAACUACAAGCAGUCUAGGCUCUCUGGGCUGGAGCUAUCAGGCCUGCACAGAAAUGGUCAUGCCCUUUUGUACUAAUGGUAUUGAUGACAUGUUUGAACCCUUUCUGUGGGACUUGGAGACGUAUUCCAAUGACUGUUUUAGCCAGUGGGGAGUGAAACCACGGCCUCAUUGGAUGACUACCAUGUAUGGUGGCAAAAACAUCAAUUCACACUCAAAUAUCAUUUUCAGCAAUGGUGACUUAGACCCGUGGUCAGGAGGUGGAGUAACCAAAGACAUCUCAGACACCCUGGUGGCUAUCAACAUCCCUGAGGGGGCCCAUCAUUUAGAUCUUCGAGCCCACACUGCCUUUGACCCUUCCUCUGUGCUGUUAUCUCGAUUAUUGGAAGUUAAACACAUGAAGAAAUGGAUUGCAGAUUUCUAUAGCAAUGCCAACUGAGCAACUUUUAAAAAAAUAUUUUUUUGUUUUCUUUUAUGUUCCCUCCAACCACAUACCCAUUCACUUUUUUUAUUUUUUUAUAUGUAACUACUUUCUCUCAUUUGUCAUUAUAUUUGUUGGGCCAAGAUUGAGACUCAAGAAAGUGAUGGGUGGGCACAGCCAUCCCACUCAGGUGACAGCUCCCAGCCUCAUGGCUUUGUGUCAUCAUGGCAGCUCGAAGGCCAUCAGAACUGGCAAGGUUCCUCACUGCCUUUCAGCAGAGGGAGAGCCCUUCUCUCAGCAGUGGGGAGGUCUCCUUGGUUCUGAGGCUGAAGUCUCUCUGGCCCAUUGUGAGUCCCCAUUCCUGCCACAAAAGGGAAAGCAGAAGCUGGAUUCAAAAUGCUGCAGCUGCAGCUGGUAGAAUGUGGGAUGCCAGUCCAGGAAACUGGGCUGCUUCCUGUGAGCUCAGUGAGUGACUGACUGAACUGGGCUGCAGUGAAGACCAAGUCAGAGACCUACCUGUGUGCUGCUCCAGUCUCCCUCCAGCUGUUGGGAGGUCAGUGUGCCUGGGCUGGCUGCUUUUGGAAAGUCCUUUCUUUAUCUCUUUCCCACUUGGCAGCUCUCCUCAGUUCUGGGAUAUUUGCCAUCGCGGUACUGCCAGGAAGGAAUCUGGCCUUCUCCUGCUCCAUUUCUCUUUGUUUCCAAGGUCAGUUUUGUGGUGAUCUGGCUAAAUUCUGCCAAUUUAGGAAAAGUGCUGUUUUUUACUUUAAAAGUGAACAAAUUCUGUUAAUAAAAAAAAUCUUUAGAAAUUCACAGAUCCUCUAUUGAAAAAGUAGAAUGUACUUGUGCUUAUUUUGUAAAGAAAUUUUAUGUUCCAGUCAUUGUUACCAGUAUCAUUAAAGCCUUGAGCGUCAGGUGCAAGCAGCAGGUGCGUGGGGACUUUCCUGUGUGGCUUCCAGAAGACAAGCAGAGUCAUUCAUGCAGGCAGCACAUUUGACAUUAAUAAAUGACGGAGCCUUCCCAUUUCCAAGGGCUUAAAACUUUUAAGCAGUUCUUACACUGACCUUUCUUCAAAAGGACUUUUCUAGCAUAGGAAAUAAGAUUGAAUCCAAACUUCUGAGGGACACAAACUAACAGUUUCUUCACUACAGAAAGACCUUUUCCUCUCAGUUCAUUAAUUUCUUAGUCAUGUUCUUACCGUGGUUUGGGAGCAUGUCUUGCUUUUUAGAAACUAGAAACUAUCCCAAGAUCCCUGACAAGGUUUUAUUUCAUUACUGCUUUCUUGUUUUCGACAUUAUAAUAUAAUUACAACAUUUCUAUUUUUUUUCUUUCCUCCCUUUAAAUGGUC